GACAUAAUGGUAUGUUCCGUUACCAAGGUGCAAGCUCCUCACAAAGCUAUGUAGGCCAGCACGAGCCUUCUUCAAUGUUGACAAUCGUAACUAUUCAGAUGUCUGUAUGUUACCUUACGUUUUUCUAAUUCGUUUAUUUAUUUUCAUGAGUUUUCUAGUGUUUGUAGGCUGUGCUAAACAGUUAAAAAAAAUCCAAGGGUAACUUUUUUAUUCCUAGACUAGCAAGUGAUCAGCUGUUACAAGUUUGGUUAGCUAGCCAUGUAGCUAUAGAGAGCUAGCGGUGGCUACAGGAAGGCCAAACAGAAACAGAGUUUGCACGAGAGUAGGGAUUUAGGGAUGUGGACGUGUUUUAUAUCUGCGUUUAUGGCUAAUUUGACGUUAGACGUUAGCAACUUUGCGUUGACGUCUUCGGGACGGUUCUAUUAAUGUCAACAAAACCGGUGAGCAACAGGUUAAUCCAUGCACUGGUCAGUUAGUGUGUGGUGUUUAUUCAGCAUUCGGAGCUGUUUCCAUGACCGAGUUUGUGUGCUACAUACAGAAUGAUGAUUAGGAGAGUAUAUAAUCAGCUUGGUUUGGUUUUUAAAUGGUGGAAACGGCAAGCUGGAGUGUAUUCUCAGUGCUGUGAGCUGAUUUACAAGUGAUGAGUGGACCGCUGUUGGACUUCAGCUGGAUAUGGAACAGAAACAGGAAAAAAACGAGCUGAAGGAGCUCUCCAUGCGUUUGGAGAAGGAUGGCAUCUCGUCCCAAGCCUCUCUGGAGGAGCGUCAGAUCCACAUGUGGCGUCUGCUUCGGAGCAGCGAAUGCAGCCUAGCAUCAGCCACACAAGAGCUACAGACUCUCCGUGAACAGCAGGUCAGCGAGAUGAAAGAGGUGGAGAGUUACGUGGAACAUAUUCGAAACAUGCUAGAGGAGCGUGAAUGUCUGACGGCUGAAUAUGAACGGGACAACGAACAGCUCCGUGCUGAGCUCGAACAGAUAAAGCACCAGCAAGAAUGUCAGUAUAAAGAGGUGACGGAGAUGUUGGAGCAGGAAGGCCUUGCUGAUAUCAGUAACAGCAGUUCCAGUGAGCAGGUGGCUUACCUUUUGGUAGAAAGAGUCACCUUACUGGAGAGGUUGGAAGCUGCAGAAAGGAAGCUCGAUACUCAGACCCUCACAGGCAACCUUAGAGAGGUUCACCUACAGGAGGAACUGGACCACAUCCGGCACACCCUGGAGGAGGAACUCAGGCAGCAAAAGGAAAUGAUGCGGCUCACUAAAGAGAGUAUGAGCAAGGGGAACGAAUCUGCAGCUCAGAGCACAUGGAGGAAGCUUUUUGGUGUGCACAAGGCAACAAAAAUGGCACAGAGCCUCCCUCUUGCACACGGUGUGGAACUGGAGUGGGAACGUACAGAGAGGAAGAAGCUGGAGAGGGAUCUCGAAGAGGCAUCCUGCAGACUCACUAUGGCUCAUCAGGAGAUUCGCCACCUAACUGACGAACUUGAUCUGGCUCGGAAAGGCCAGCAUGCUUGCGGCCCUGAUCUGCACACAUCCAGAGAGGAGGUCACACAGCUUAAACAAGAAGUAGAACAGCUGAAGCAGUUUGAUAUGGAGGAACUGCAGAAGGCAAAAGAACACAAUAAGAGACUUGAUGCAGAGAUUCGGGCACUGAGAGACAGAGUGCGCUCCUUGGACUCUGAGAGGAAGACUCUUUUGAAAAUGAUUGAGAAUUUUAAGAUUCAUCCCAGUUAUGGAGAUAAACCUGCAACGGAUCUCGAAUCCAAUCAAUCUGUACAGGUUGAUGUGGAUCAUUCAGAACAGUCAGGUACACCAGUAAACGAUGAAAAGGAUCAAUUCCAUAGAAGGUGUCGAAGAGAGUCUGAGGAUAAGGACUGCCGCCUUCGGGAGCUGGAGAGGAGGCUGCAGAAGCAGCAGCAGAAGCAUGAGGAGCUGGUAGAGAGGAACGAGGAGCUAGAAGCCCUGCUCGGGGAGGCACAGAACAAAACAACAGAUGAACGACAGUGCCAUGAGUGUGAAGUGGACAGCUUGCAAAGAAAGAUUAAAAAUCUAGAGGCAGAGUUAAAUGCGAAAAGUGCCCCUGAGAAAAGACCUGUGGAGCAGUGUGAUCAGACUAAAGAGACCAUCUCAGAGGUACAAGGUGGUAUUCAAGAGAGGCUGACGUUUCUUGAGAGUAGGCUUGCUGAGGAGAAGGACUGGAGGAAACGCUUAGAAGUGGACUUAGCACUGGCCCAGUCUUCUUUGAGAAAAGAGAAGCAGGCACUGCAGAGCGAGCAUACAGAGCUGAAGAAAUUGCGUAUAGAAGUGCAGAGCUUACAGGCUGAGUGUCAGCAAGGGAAAUCCCUUAACAUGAGCCUCACCGUGCUAAAGGGAGAAAAGGGAAUUUUGGAAGAAAAGGUGGCCCAGUUGGAGCGUGCUCGAUCACGGCUGCAGGACGAGCUUGCACAGCACAUAGAGGGCAGCAGAGUGCAGGAGGAACUGAGAGAGAGCAGGGAGCAGGUGACGCAGCUUAAUGCUCUAGUUGAACAGCUGCAGUCCAAACUGUGUAAACUGGAGAAAGAACACAGCACACUGAGGAAUGAGAUAGUGGAGAAGCGCAGGCAGGUGAUGGAGCUGCAGGCUGAGUUGAGUGUCAGAGCCCAGGCGAGGCUGCAAGCUGAGGGCCAGGCGGAGCGGCUCGGGCUGGAACUGCAGCUGAAGAAAGAACAACUCCAGGCUGCACAGCAGGAGGGAGUGUGUGACCCUAAUCCCAAAUCUUUUACAGGAAAUGACAACGAGCUCAGCCAGGUGGCAUGUGUGAAGCCGGAGAUGAGUAAGCUGCACACCACCCUGGAGCAGGACAGACUUUUGGUUAGUCAGCACCAGCUGGCUCUGCAGGCUCAGAUCAGUGAAGCCCAGGCUCGGGUCAAGGCCCAGGACUCUGUCCUACAGCAGAAGGGUGAGGAGAACAAGCAGCUAAAGCAGGACCUGCAGAGGACCCAGCACCUCUUCACUUCAGCUGAACGAGAGCUACGUUACGAACGGGAGAAAAAUCUUGACCUUAAGAGGCAUAAUGCACUUUUAGAUCAAGAGAAGAUCAAGCUGUGUGCAGAGCUGAAGCAGGCUCAGAGUAAACUGGCACAGCUGGAGGCCAGUGCAACAGCACAGUCAGCAGAGCUGGAACAGCUGCAACAGAGAGCCCGGGAGCUGGACCUGGAACUGGCCAGGAACAACCAGAACAGACUGAGCAGCAGUAGCCUCCGGGAGGAGCUCAAUACUGAGCGAGCACGAGUUAUUGCUGCUGACAAGAAGGUGCUGGAGCUUCAGCAGCAACUAAAAAAUGCUCUACAUCAGUUGCGUCUUGAGGAAGCCAGAGCUGGAGAGACCAGUAAGUUGGAGAGAGACACCAGAGACAUGUCUGAUAACUUGUCUGCCCUCCGAGCUAAACUACAUGAAGAAAAGCUACAGAGGAAGUUGGUGGAAAAGAGGGAAGAAGAGCUGCAACAGCAGGUGCGUUCUCUGCGGACGAAAGAGACCACCCUCAGUCGCGUUAACUCUGAGCUCUCCCACCGCUCACAGCAGAUGGAGACGAAGCUGGAAGUGCUGGAGAGCGAGCUGAGCUCUGCCAAGAAAGAGAGCCUCAGUCAGAAGAGUUGCCUUAAACUGGAGGAGCAGCUCAUGUCAUCCCAGCACGAGUCAGAAAGACUGCAGGAGGAGAUACAGAAUAUCCUUCAGCAGCUUGUUGCCAACUUCAGGCGAAACAACGAAAGACAUUCUGUUGAUAAGGCCAAGCUACGUAGAGCAAAGCAGUUGUUCAUGAAGGCAACCACUCAGCGAGACAUGAAGAUCCAGAAGCUAGAGAAUGAUCUAGGACUGGCAAUGAGUCUGUCUGAGAAAGAAAAGGUCUGGAUUAGAACUGUGACUGAGGAGAAUGAGCAGCUCCUGCUGGAGAGGCGAGAGCUGCUUAGGAGGAUAACUGAAGCUGAGGAGAUGGGCAACAACGGAAUGCGAACAGCCACCGACAUGCAGCAGAGGUCUGAAUGGCUAUUUAUACCUCAGAGCACACUAUGCACUAUCUCUGUGUUAAAGAUCUCUUCAUCUCCCUUUAGAGUGAAGUUCUUGGAGUUGGAGAAUAAGCAGCUUCAGGAUAAAACACUGAAGCUGGCCAACCAAAUCGGAGUUUUAGAGCGAGCCCUGCGAAAUCUUCAAUCAGUAUGCAAUGCUGAGGAGGUAAAGAAAUUGUUUCCUUCUGAAACUCUUCCUGAUGGGCUCUUGCAGGCACCAAGUCCGAAGCUGGGGCUCCGCGACUCGUGGGGACUGUUGGAUGCCAUUUGCAGGGUUAAAGUGGGCGAACACGUCAAAAGCCUGGAGUCAUCUCGCUCUUUGCCCACCUCUCAACCAUCAGAGAUUGGCUACCUGAAUGUGAGCUCCUCCAUGGCUCCCAGUGUUACCCAGCAUCAGGAAGAGAACCACAGUGUCUCCAGCGAAGAUGCCUGAAAAAAAAACUGCACCUUAUUACCAAGCUUGCCAAUUAUCUCCGUAUUUACAGCAGUUUGUUCUAACUGUCACCGGGUCAGAAGUUGCCUGAUUGUCAAAGAUGAACAAGACAAGGAUCGUUACAGAAUCGGUUCAGUGUUGCCUACCAUGCGCCGAGAUGUUUUUAUAAAGUUAGUAAUCUAGUAUCAUUUCACUGUGGAUCCGGAGAAGGUGAAUCCGAGCGUGACUAGAGGAAGAGGAAGUCCUGCCUUUUGGCAUCAGUUUUGUGGUUGAUUCACUUUUCUUUGAAAAAUGCUUCCUUAGACUAAAAAAAAUCUGGGCUUAUUCUGUAUAGUGCUUUUAUACAAAAUCAUGUGUAAUUGGAAGCCAGAUUAUACAAAUGAUAAUUGUUUUAGUACAAUGUCACUGUGACUGAACAAUCUUUAUCGUUUUUACAGUCUUAGUUAAAGAUUUCUUUUUUAAUGUAAUACAUAACAUUCACCCUUCAUUUUUACUCAGGGUCAUUACCACUCAUCUGACUUUAUUGCCUUUGCCACUUGUAUUCUGUAGGGGUCCCCAAUCCAGUACUUAAGGACUCGUGUAUAUUCCAGAUAGCCAUAAAGCUGAGCCGUGUGGUCAAAAUUAAACAUCCGUUCACUUGACCCUCCUGUUUUCAGUGCUUCUAAAUGUCAAAGGAAACAGAUUGUGAUUCUCUGGAAUCUUAGAACCUUAUAGACUUACACAGAGAAGAUGAUUUGCCAAGCUGGAGCUAUGAGAAAUGUUUUAAAAGUUUCAAAAGCAAUAUAUUUCGUUUGAGAUCAAGGCCAAAGCAGAUAUUAUAGCCUAGGAACACAAAUGAACGAUAGGAAACACCUUUUUGCGGUGCAGCUGUAACAUGCUAUGUGUGUUAUAUAAGUUGAUCCGGAUAAAGAGGCAUGAUAUGGGAUUAGUUACAGCACUUUUAAUGUCAAGUGGUACGUUGUACAUAUGUUUACAAAUAGCAAAAGUUUUUUGUACAUUUGGGAUCCAAGUGAAAUCUGGUACAAAAUUAAUGACCGCAUGGUCUAAAGUGCAUUGUCAAGUCUAGAUCAGUGUAUGUGUCAACAGUUACAAAUGAUAGAAACUAGAAUGAUAGAAAGGAUCUAUAAAAUAAAUCAAGUUUAAGAUUUUACUUCCCAAAUCCCAAUAUUUCUUAGAACAGAAAUGUUGUACAAUGGAUGUAAAAAGUCUACGCUUCCCUGGUAAAAUGGCCGGAUUUUGUGAUAAAAAAUUAAACAAAGAUAAAUCACAUUAAGGCUUUUCCCACCACAAUGGUAACAUUUCCAUCAAUGUGAAAUUACAAUACAUAAAGAUUGUGAAAAACAAGUAAGAGACAAUCAGCAUGGCACAUCUUACCAUGACAACUUGAUUUGCAGAUCUUGCGUAGCUAUUCAUGAUUCCCCAAAGCAUGACCUUGCUACCACCAUGCUGCAUCAUGGUUUGGGUUCAAUUUUUUUAAUUCCACCAUAUGGAAUUGGUCUCAUUAGUCCAAAACACAUUUUCCCACCGGGUUUAAGGAGAUUUUGUUUGGAUGUUUCUGGAUAUGAGAAAGGGGAUAGCGCUUUUGUCUAUCCACCCUUGCCUAUAGCCCAGACGUGAAGAACAUGAGAUUGUUGGGACAUGUAGAGAGUCAUCAGCACUCGUUAGAUAUUUCUGCAGCUCCUUUAAUGUUGCCUUAGGUCUCUCGGCAGCCUCCUUUAUAAGUGUCUGUCCUGUCCUUUUAUUAAGGACAACAGUAUGAUCAUUUUUGAACUUGAGAAUGAAUGUGAUGUGUAAACCUACACAAGCAGGCUAUUGUAAGUUUAUUUGUUUCAAAAAUGUUUUGGAUUGUUUUUCACUUCAUUUUCGUUGUAAUUUUAUAUUAAGGGGUUGAAAUACCAAUUUAUCUUGGUUUAUUUUAUUUAUUUUCUAUCACAAUAACCUGCCAUUUUAACAGGCUGUGUAGUCUUUCUGUAUCUACUGUACAUGAACACCCUGGAUUGAGCAUCAGAUUUUAUUGUAUUUAAAGUCAGAUCUAAUUUUUAUUCAGUAGAAUUGAGACCUGAGGGUAUUUAAAUCGAUGACUAGCAUAUUAGUCACCACAUUACUUUAAUAAUGACUUCAAAGCCUGUAGCUGAAGUAUUGCACUAAUAGUUCUGUUGCUUUUCCAGUCUUAUAUGAAAAGCCUUUGUGUUGUAUGGUUUGUACAGUAUGAGUUACAUGGGUAUUAUUAUUAUUAUUAUAUUUUUUUAAUUGUGUGAUGUUGUAUUAUUAUUUCUUACACCAUCAUCACUAUCCUCAGUUUUGAUAAUAAUCAAUGUGCAUGGUGUUUAUCAUAUUCCACUGCUGAACAACUGAGCACACAAAUGUGUAUUUUCUUAUUAAACAGUGAUUAUAUUUUCA